GGCCGGCCGGGCACAUUCAAGAUGGCGGAGUGCGGAGGGAAAGGCGGCGGCGGGGGCAGGAGCGGGCACACCCUGGACAAGAGCAUCACCCUCCCGCCCGACGAGAUCUUUCGCAACCUGGAGAACGCUAAGCGUUUCGCCAUUGAUAUAGGUGGAUCAUUAACGAAGUUGGCUUAUUAUUCAACUGUGCAGCACAAAGUAGCAAAAGUGAGAUCUUUUGACCACUCAGGAAAGGACACGGAUAAUGAACCUCCCUACGAAAUCACCGUCCAGGAAGAGAUCACUGCCCGGCUGCACUUUAUCAAAUUUGAAAACACCUACAUCGAAGCCUGCUUGGACUUCAUCAAAGACCACCUCGUGAAUACAGAAACAAAAGUGAUCCAGGCCACGGGGGGUGGUGCGUAUAAAUUCAAAGACCUUAUCGAACAGAAGCUGCACCUAAAGGUGGAUCGGGAGGAUGUGAUGACCUGUUUGAUCAAAGGGUGUAACUUUGUCCUCAAGAACAUCCCCCACGAGGCCUUCAUUUACCAGAAGGAUGCCGACCCCGAGUUCCGGUUCCAGACCAAUCAUCCGAACAUCUUCCCCUAUCUCCUUGUAAACAUCGGCUCCGGCGUGUCUAUAGUGAAGGUGGAGAGCGAGGACCGGUUCGAGUGGAUCGGCGGGAGUUCAAUCGGAGGUGGUACCUUCUGGGGUCUCGGCGCUUUGCUCACCAAAACGAAGAAAUUCGAUGAGCUCCUGCAUCUCGCCUCCAAGGGCCAGCACACAAACGUUGACAUGCUGGUGCAGGACAUCUACGGCGGAGCCUAUCAGACGCUGGGGUUAAGCGGCAACUUAAUAGCAAGUAGUUUUGGAAAGUCAGCCACUGCUGACAAAGAGUUUUCCAAAGAAGACAUAUCCAAGAGCCUCCUGCACAUGAUCAGCAAUGACAUCGGGCAGCUUGCCUGCCUCUACGCCAAACUGCACCACCUCGACCGCGUCUACUUCGGUGGCUUCUUCAUCCGGGGCCACCCGGUCACCAUGCGCACCAUCACCUUUAGCAUCAACUUCUUCUCCAAGGGAGAGGUGCAGGCGUUGUUCCUGAGGCACGAAGGCUACCUGGGAGCCAUCGGGGCAUUUCUAAAAGGAGCCGAACAGGACAAUCCCAACCAGUACAGCUGGGGUGAGAAUUACGCUGGUAGUUCUGGGCUGAGGAGUACAUCCCCCGACGACCUGAACCCCCUGCAGAGAGCCAGGAGCGGCACGUUCGAUAUGCUGGAGAUGGACCGUUUGGAGCGGCCUCUGGUCAACUUACCCUUGCUCCUGGACCCAACGGCCUACACCCCCGACACCGUCGACCUCACCGAUGACGCCAUGGCCCGGAAGUAUUGGCUCAGUUGUUUCGAGGAGGCCCUCGACGGGGUAGUGAACCGUGCCGUGGCCAGCCAGCCAGACUCAGUCGAUGCCCCCGAGAGGGCGGAGAAAUUCCGGGAGAAGUACAGGAAUAAGCUGCAGACCCUAAGGCAUCAACCGUUUGCCUAUGGAACGCUAACAGUAAGGAGCCUCUUGGAUACCAGAGAGCAUUGCUUAAAUGAAUUCAACUUCCCGGAUCCCUAUUCCAAAGUAAAGCAGAAAGAAAAUGGCAUAGCGUUAAAAUGUUUUCAAAGAGUAAUCAGCUCUUUGGAUUCGUUAGGCUGGGAGGAGAGGCAGUUUGCUCUGGUGAAAGGACUUCUUGCUGGGAAUGUCUUUGACUGGGGAGCAAAAGCAGUCUCAGACGUUCUGGAAUCUGAGCCCCAUUUUGGAUUUGAAGAAGCAAAGAGGAAAUUGCAAGAGCGACCCUGGCUGGUGGAUUCGUACGACGUGUGGCUAGAGCGAAUGAAGGGUCCCCCUCAUAAAUGUGCCUUAAUUUUCGCAGAUAACAGUGGAAUAGACAUCAUUUUGGGAGUGUUCCCAUUGGUCAGAGAGCUCCUCUUUCGAGGGACGGAGGUCAUACUAGCGUGUAACUCCGGACCCGCCCUAAACGACGUCACGUACAGCGAAUCUCUGAUCGUGGCCGAACGGAUAGCCGCCAUGGAUCCGCUUAUACAGUUGGCCUUGAAAGAGGAGAAGCUGCUGUUGGUGCAGACGGGGUCGAGUUCUCCGUGCCUAGAUCUGAGCCGUCUUGACAAAGGUCUGGCGUUGCUAGUGAGGGAGCGCCACACGGACCUGGUGAUCAUCGAGGGCAUGGGCCGGGCCAUCCACACCAACUACUCCGCCACGUUGCGCUGCGAGAGCCUGAAGCUGGCCGUCCUCAAGAACUCGUGGCUGGCAGACCGCCUCGGGGGCCAGCUCUUCAGCGUCAUCUUCAAGUACGAAGUCCCGGCCCAGUGACCGGGUCUACUGACCGGGCGGGGGGAGGGGGCGGGGGCGGCCGCGCCGACACUUGCACUAGUUCGACUUGUCACUUGUAAAAGAAUGUAUUUUUCUUACCACGGGGGCCGCGAGCCCAGAGGAGAUUCCGUAUUUAUAUCGUGCUUUUCGUGGCGCGGGGCAACAAUCUGACAUCCUAUAGAGAAUGACACACAGACCUAUAUAUAUAUAUGUAUAUCACUCAUAUCGUUUAUUUUGGUAAGUGUUUAUUUUGAUGCUGCAGUAUUUGUGACAGAGAGACUCGACCGUCUUGUUUUGUGACCCGUUCGUAUGGAAAUAUAUUUAAAUGUGAAA